AUGGACGCUUCACGGAAGCAUUCUGAGGGUAAAGCAGACCUUGAACUCCACGCUCAAGUCUCUGGAACCGAAUUCAUGGACGCCAAAUCACACGCUAUCAUCGCCGACCACCAAGCCGAGCAGAACCUGACACUCAAGCAAUGCUUCCGCCAACACCCGCGUGUCGUGUGGUGGUGCUUUUACUGGUCAAUUGCGGCCAUUGGAUGGGGGUUCGAUGCCCAAAUUAACGGCGCCAUGAUCUCCGUCGCCUCGUUCCGUCGCGAUUUCGGAUAUGUCGAGAACGGCGAGGCAAUUCUUCCCGCAGAUUGGCAAACCGCCUUCAACACCAUCAGCUCCGUGGGAGGUUUCUUCGGCGGAUUCAUGUGCUCCUGGAUUUGCGACUACGUCGGCCGAAAGAACUCACUCGCCAUGGCACUCCUCCUUGCAACAGGCGGCACCAUCGGAGAAUGCAUGUCGAACAGCAACGUCGCCUUCCUCAUUUCAAAGCUGAUCCUUGGCCUUGGCCUCGGCUUCUUCCUCACUUUGGCUCCUUUGGCAACCUCUGAGAUUUCACCAGUUGUUCUUCGUGGAAUUGCGACAGCUGGAGUUAACCUUGGAAUCGCAAUUGGCCAAUUGGUUUCAAAUGGCGUUAUUAAAGCUUUCGGCGAGAGAACCGAUCAUUGGGCUUGGCGUGGUGCUUUUGCUACUCAAGGCAUCUUCAUCAUUUUGCUGGCUGCUGGUCUACCUUUUGCCCCAGAGACUCCAUGGUAUCUGGUCCGAAAGGGCAAGAUUGACGACGCGAAGAAAUCUAUCAUCAAGCUUUACGGUUCUGGGGUCGAUUUAGAGGCCAAACUCGCUACUAUACAGGAAACUAUUGCCGAAGAGCAGGCUGCGACAACUGAAGCACCAUCCUGGGCUCAGUGUUUCAAGGGAACAGAUCGAGUUCGCACCAUGAUCAGCAUGGGAGUUUUUGUCUGCCAGCAUUUCGUCGGCAUCAUCUUUGUCCUUGGAUACUCGACCUAUUUCUUCCAACUCGCCGGUCUGGAAGACUCUCGAAGUUUUGAUCUCGGUGUUGGAGUCACAGCAUGUGGUGUCUUUGGCAAUAUCUGCAGUUGGUUCGUCGUCAACUCCUUCGGCCGUCGCAAGAUCUUCCUCUCUGGUAUGGGAGCCUUGACGCUUCUCUUAAUGCUCAUCGGCAUCAUGGAUGUGGUGCCAACCGCCUCUGCCAAAUGGGUCCAAGCAGCCUGCACAGUUAUCUACGCCUAUGUCUACUUCGCCACUGUCGGUGCUAUGGCUUUUGCAGUUCUAGGGGAGACAGCCUCGUUAGCUCUCAAGGCCAAGACCAUGGCUUUGGCUACUGCUACCCAGUCUGUCAUGGGCAUCGCCAUGAAUUUUGCUAUCCCGUACAUGGUCAACCCAGAUGAGGGCAAUCUCAAGGGCAAGGUUGGAUUUAUCUUUGGUGGACUUGGCCUGCUUGGGUUUAUCUGGGCCUGGGUUUAUGUUCCCGAGCUCAAGGGUCGACGAUACGACGAGAUUGACCAUAUGUUCCAUAACAAGGUCAGUCCACGAAAGAUGGGCACUUACAAACUGUAG